CCAUCGAGCACCAACAAAAUCGUCAACGUAUCCCAUCCAGCCCACAAGUUCCUGAGUCCAGCCGAGUCCGGUUCCAGAUUGCAGAGACGAACGUUUUGAAGAAGUACUAUGUAGUACGAUUGACCACGCUGAGAAUGCGUCAUACUAUGCCACAGAAACGCCGUCAAGUAACCAUUGGGAUCGCACCUUGGCCAUUUAUUUAUCCUUCAGUGAAAUGUUGUACAAAACCGGAGGAUUAUUCCGGUUCCUCCUCCGGUACAAGCCGGUGCAUCGUGCUGGACAUUUCGCAGAAGGACUCCCCUGACGGAGCGAAGUCCGUGCAGGAUGGUUUGGCUUAGUCGAAAGGAAUCGCCGCCCGGGAAACUCUCCGCGACCAUCCCGAACUCGCGCAAGUCCCUGUUCGAGUCGUGGAUUUCCACUCCAAAGCGCAAGAGCUCGAACGAGAUUGCGGCGUCGUCGAGCAAGCCGAAGAUCCCAAAGGAACCAGCUGGACUCGCAAGCCUUCGACGCCUGGGAGAGCGAGCAGAUGGAACUGAUUGUUGCCGGAGGCGGUCGUUCAGCAGGUCGAUGACGACGAUGAUUACUUCCCGAGCUACCAGGAGGCCGUCGAUCCCAACUGCAGCCAGUUGUUCCUGGAGGAAGUCGAUCGCAAUGGGAAGAAGAGGUGCACUCGAUCGUGAAAAACAGCGCAACCUGCUCGCAGUACAUCCGGCUCGAGCGAUCCAUGAUGGAGGACGCCAGCAGAUCAUGGGCGUGUUCAACGGGUUUGAACGCACCCUGCUGGACACGAGCAACGUCGAUUUCAACGCCCCGCCGCCGGAGGUUGAUGCGGACCUGGCCGAAAUCAACUGGGAGGAGGAUCGCGGAGUUCAAGACGAUCGGCUACGACUUGGGCAUUCCGCUGUUAAAUCGCUUCCUGCGGCGGUAAGCCCGCGUCAGCCGCAUCGACUUGCCCGUCGUUACGCUGGUUACAUUGGAACAAGACCAACUUCAGAUCAACUUCAAAUUGAAAAACUACUCGGUAAUCAUGACCCGGUACAAGCAAUUCUGGACUACAUCUCGACCUCGAAGAACAUGAAGCAGUUGCAAAACUUUUACGAGACCACGCUGGAAGCGCUCAAAGACGCCAAGAACAAUCGGCUCUGGUUCAAAACCAACACGAAGCUCGGGAAGCUGUUCUUCGAUCGGAACGACUUUGGCAAGCUCCAGAAAAUCCUCAAACAGCUGCACCAAUCCUGCCUUAACAACUACGACGAGUACGGCUCGUCCCGGCGCACGACCUGUCUCAAAUACCUCGUCCUCGCGAACGUGCUCAAGAGGUCCGGCAUCAACCCGUUCGACUCGCAGGAAGCGAAACCGCACAAAAACGGCCCGGAAAUUUUGUCCAUGACGAACCUGAUCGUGAGCUACAAGAACAACGACAUCAUGGAGUUCGAGUCGAUCCUGCGGAACAACCGGAACAACACCAUGGCCGAUCCGUUCAUCCGGGAGCACAUCGAGAACCUGCUGCGGAACAGCUCGAGCUGACCGUGAUCGAUCGAUGACGAUC